UGGUGGUUAUUUUUUCCGGUAAUAAACAUAGAGUCUAUAACAUAAUUUUUUUUGGGUUACAAAUGCCUUAUUUUGGAUCAAAUAGAAAUGCCAACUAUUAAUGUUCUCCUUUAUACCUUACUUCUUUCCCUCUCAUUUUUCUCUUUCAAUUCCAACUCUAUUGCUCCUCCACCCAUCUCUUUCUCUCAAUUCUCUCUAAACAUCCCUCUUUCUCCUCCUCUUCCUCUUUUUGGCUCCUCCCUUUCCUAAUCCAUCCUUCAUCGAAAACUCGAUCUUUCAUUAAUUUCAAGCAAUUAUCAUACAAUGUUUAUGGAAUUUGUUAACCCCAAAUAGCAAGAUUAUUAUGAUAAUGGGUGGUGAUCAUAAUAGGAAGUUAUUGGUAUCGAUGGGUAAUGCCGCCAUUGCGAUGCUAAUGCAAGAAGAUAGUAAUAAUGAUGAUAUGAUCACCCCAACAACAACAUCAACAAGAAUGGUAUUAGAAGCACAAAAGAAAGCUAUAGAAGCUGAUGCCUUUCACCUAGAUAAUGGCUACCUUUGUCAUUCGAUGGGUCGAACCGGGUCUCGAGGCAUCUUCUUUGGGGAUGAUCCUAUCCGGUUCACCAUACCUGGUUUGCUACUCCAGCUUUCCAUCAUUUCUCUUUGCACACGUGUCGCUUAUUUCCUUCUCAAGCCUUUUGGACAACCUUCUAUUGUUUCUCAGAUCUUGGGAGGUGUGGUUCUCGGUCCUUCAGUCCUCGGACAUAACAGAAAUUUUCUAGCAGAAGUAUUCCCAGCUAGAAGCAGAGUUCUUUUGGAGAACUUAUCUGUUUUCAGUCUGAUGCUCUUUAUAUUUCUGCUUGGAGUGAAGAUGAACUUAUCUUUGGCAUUGAGGUCAGGCAAGAAGCCGAUAGCUAUAGGAAUAUUAGGAUUUAUAAUUCCUUAUGCCAUGGCUAGUCUAGUUGCCUGCCUCUUAGAACACUUUGUUACAUUGGACCGUGACAUUUUGAGAAUACUUCCUUUUGUAAUUGAGACUCAGUCUAUGUCAGCCUUUCCUGUUAUUGCUUGUUUUCUUGCUGAUCUUAAGAUUCUGAACUCAGAGAUAGGGCGUUUAGCCUCUUCUUCUUCAGUAGUCUCAGAUGUGUUUCAGUGGUCUCUUAUGACAGUUAGGUUCGCGGUUAGGAUAGCCAAAGCAAAAUCAUUCUCAUCAUCUGUAGGAUCUUUUCUGUCAGUAGCCCUUUUUAUUGUUCUAGCCUUGUAUGGAAUCCGCCCUGCAGCUUUAUGGGCGAUUAGGAAAACGCCUGAAGGGAAGCCUGUAAAAGAAAAGUAUAUUAUUGGUGUUCUUCUUGCUCUUCUAGGAUGUGGGUUUAUAGGUGAAGUUAUUGGCCUUAGUGCUGUUAUAGCUUCCUUCAUUGUUGGACUUGUCAUACCGGAUGGACCCCCUUUAGGAGCCGCUUUAUCUGAAAAGCUUGACUCUUUCGUCUCUGUGCUUCUGAUGCCCAUCUUUUUUGCCAUUUGUGGCCUACAAAUGGAUGUUUUUGCUAUUCAGAAGCUGAAGAAUGUCGGUGCUAUUCAAUUGGUGGUAUUCGUUGCCUUUAUUGGGAAGGUUGUAGGUACGAUUGCACCUCCACUUUUUUACAGGAUGCCAUUUCGAGAUGCUCUUUCUUUAAGUCUGAUCAUGAAUGCAAAAGGCCUCAUUGAAUUGGCAUUGCUGAAUCACAGAAUGAAGGACAGUGGCAUGACUGAGGAAUGCUUUGCAAUUAUGAUCAUAUCUGUGGUGUUCAUCACAGGAGUUCUGUCGCCUAUUGUAAAGGCGCUGUAUGAUCCUUCAAGGAGGUAUGUGGCAUUUAAGAGGAGAACCAUAAGACACCAUAAACGCGAUGAGGAGCUCCGCAUUUUGGCCUGUGUCCAUAGUGCAGAUAAUGUCAGGGAGGUCAUGAAUGUGGCGAAUGUCUCUAGUCCCACCAAAGCGAGUCCCAUUAACUUAACUGUCAUGCAUCUUAUCAGGCUAAUAGGCCGCUCCUCUUCCCUACUUGUUGCUCAUCAACCAAGGGAAUCAUACUCUACUUAUCCUAGCCAAUCCGAGAGGAUUUUCAAUGCAUUCAGAAAGUUGGAGCAAGUACACCAAGGCCUUUUCAUGGUGCAAUGUUACAAGGGUAUCUCCCCCUAUGCAUCUAUGCACAAUGAUGUGUGCUCCAUCGCCUUAGAAAAAAGGACAUCAUUUAUUAUAAUCCCUUUCCAAAGGCAAUGUAGCGAAAAAGACAUAGAGCCCUCUUUUGUUUACAGGAAUCUUAACAAGAAAGUUCUUGACAAGGCUCCUUGCUCUGUUGGUGUCCUUGUUGACCAUGGAGGAUCACAAAAGACUAAGAAAAAUCGAUCUUAUACAUCAAAGCCUGCAACAUACCGGGUGGCAGUAUUAUUUUUUGGGGGUCAAGAUGAUCGAGAAGCAUUAGCAUAUGGCAUGAGAAUGUCAGAGAAUCCCAGAGUAUACCUGACCCUGAUAAAAUUUUCAAGCACCUCUUCUGAAGACAUGAUUAUUGACAGUGAGAAGAGCAGGUUGCAAGAUGGUGACAUACUAAGUGAAUUUAGUCUCAACACUUUGCACAAGGAAGAUAGAACCUUUUAUGAAGAGAUGAUACUAGUUAAUGUGAUGAGCUUGGUAACUCUGAUAAAAUCACUAGAAAAUUCUAGUUACGAUCUGAUUUUGGUAGGAAGACGUCAUAAGAACUCAAAGUUCAUGUCUGAACUUUUACAGUGGAGUGACUGCACCGGGGAGUUGGGACCAGUCGGAGAGAUGCUCACUUUGAAUUACAAAAUCAAGGCUUCGAUAAUGGUGGUGCAACAACAAACUAGAGUUUGGGGUCUGCAUGACCCUGAGGAGUCCACGCAUCUAAGAAGAAUUGAUUUGUAGGUUCCUUCCUUCCCAUUUCUUACCUCUUUUGUUCUCUGGUAAGCAUAAGAUUUUGUAAGGAGAAGUGCUUAGAUCAGAAACCUGUGUUUAAUGACUACAUACUUGAAGUUUGUAAAUACUUGAUGCUUUUGGUAAUCUACUAAUAGUAGGAAACAAAAUU